AAGACGAACGGUGGGGGCAAACUGAGAGCGCGCGGAGAGAGAACAAAAACGUGACUAGGCACCUAAAGCGUUCUGUUAUGCAACUACUGACCUACUAACACACAUUCAACGACCGAGAGAUAGAGGCGUAGGAAACUAGAGCAAGACUCCGACAUAACAUGAGGACUCAGACCAAAACUGGGAGACACGACAAGCACUAGAGCCAGCAUCAUUGACUGAGCCGGUGAGAGAGGAACACGCAGCGUGUAACGUUUCCAGCCGGAAUCUGAAUAAGAUCGCAGGAUAUAACAACUUCAACUCUGGAGCAAACUCUUCUUGAAGGAUUUUCUUUGGAAUCAUCUAUUUACACCGAGGCUUACUCCUAGUGAGCGAGAGGGUGGUGUUGCCCCGGGAGACUGAUAAGCUGUGGAAAAAUCCUCAUCCAGACACACUGACCUACUUCCUGUUGAAGACACCUGAAGCCUUAGGUCACCAGCCUUGACAGCACGUCUCUCAAGAUUUGCAAACAAACAGAAACCUGCUUCAGCCGGAGUCCAGGAAUUCCUGCAGACUUGACUUGACCCAGUUGUAGCAGUGGGAAAACGGAAGAGGAUUCACAUCAGCUCACCCUGAGGGGAGAAGAGCUCUUUGUUUUCGAAGCUUGGACUCUUAAGAUUUGAUAAAUGAGGGAGGUUUAUGUUGAGUUCCACCUCUUCCUCAUCUUCUUGGCCAGUUUGGACACUUGAAGAAUCUGAACUGAACUGUAACAAAAGAACCCAAAAGGAGCACUCAUAUAAUUGAGGGUCCUCCCCAGAGGAACAUAAGGACCUCAAAGUAAUUGAUUGAUCCUACCUUGAAGAAAAUAAUACCAACCACAAGACCUGAUAAAUUUACCACUGAUAUAAGUUUAUUUCAAUGCCAGCUGAGAGCUACAAUUCCCAACUGGCCUAUAUUGGAAGACAAUGGAAAGCCUGAAUCUACACGUCCAAAACACCAGUGAAAAUUUGGAAUCUUUAGAAACAUUUUCAACGUUCAGUGAGAGCAGUAUACCGUCAUCCGAAACAACCCCAGGCCGGCGCGGGGCCAAACCCAAACCGAACAUGACUUGCAGAAGAAAGCGUGAGUUCAUCUCCGAUGAGAAAAAGGACGCCUCCUACUGGGAGAAGCGGCGCAAGAACAACGAGGCAGCCAAGCGCUCCCGGGAAAAGCGGCGCCUCAACGACAUGGUGCUGGAGAACCGCGUGAUGGCCCUCAACGAGGAGAACGUGCGCCUGAAGACGGAGCUCCUGCAGCUCAAGCUGCGCUUUGGCCUCAUCAGCACGGCCUCCUACAUGGAGAAGACGCAGCAGAUCAGCACCUCAGCCGCCGCCGCGGCCGCCGCAGUGGCCAACGCGCUGGCCAACAACGGCACGUCCACGGGCUCCAGCACGCCCUCGGCCAAGCCCUACUUCUCCAGCAGCGGCUACUCCAGCGCCUCCCAGAUGAUGAUGAACUCCGACUCUUCUGAGGCCGAGCAGUCCAGCCGGGGCGACCGGCAGGUCCUGAAGUACUCCCCCCGCGGCUCCCUGUCCGACAUGUCCGACGGGUCGUCUCGCAACAGCCCCGAGCCUGCCGCUUACGAGGUCAAGCACGAGAGCACGGGCAUGGACAUCAGCAGACUCGAGGCCAGUGUCAUCAACAGCAUGUUCAACGGCCAUCAUGGCCUGAGCGGCAUGCACUCCCACCACCCGCAGGACAUGGAGCAGCAGGACGCAGUGGCCCCUCCGGCCCAGAGGAGCGUGAUCCUGUACCGCUCCAGCAGCGGCUCCUACUCAGCGGACGGCCAGAGGGCCGAGGAGAUGGAGCAGCAGCCGGACGGCCAGGCCCACCACGCCGCUCAGCUCCGGGCCAACGCGGAGAGCCUGGAGACCAUCACGGAGGUGGCCAAGCAACUGGCGAGGAAGUCUUUGGACUCCCCGACGUACGGCGAGUACGGCAGUAGCCAGAUGGAAGGGGUCUCCGAGCAGGGGCCGCAAACGCAUCAUCAGCAAGUGAGCAGUACUCAAGGGCAGUACGGGGCUCAAAGCCAAGAUCACAACCCAAACACCUUCGCCCCCAACCUUCUCCCCAGCAGCGAGGAGGGCAAGACCCACCUGUACCACCGCCAACAAUCCUACCUCAACACCCAGGACGAGGAGCCACCAGUGCUAACGUACGAAGGCGGCCCGAGGGCCGAGGCGCACUACCCUGAGAACUCCUCAGGCAAAGACACUUCCUCCAGUGACGGAGACCCCCGGAGCUCAGACAGAGAGGGCUCCACGGACGACGAGUCUCCGUCCUCGUCCUCCGACACGGGCGGCUAUCAGUGCAUGACCACAGCCCACCAGUCCACCCUGUCUCCCACCUGCUCCAGCGCGGCAGGCCAGAACGGGGAGUGUCAGUCGGAGGUGAGGACCACCGCCCUGCCUCACAAGCUGCGACUCAAGUACAGAGGGUUUUCCAGCUGUGGAGCGCAAGCCCAGUUGGACAUCGCCUCCGCCAACUCUCCCAACCCCACCUCGGCGUCAUCGCCGAGCCCUGCCCUGCCCCAGCACCCAUACCUGGCCCUGGCCCAAAUGGGUCACCCGCAAGGGCCAGUCGCCACCAACGGUAGCCAAGAGGCAGACAAUGGCUUCCCGGAGAUGGUGAGCACAACGGAAUCUCCCAGUCGAGAGGCGGAGGAGAAAGGGAAGAAGAGCUCUGGUGGCCGAGGAGGGAGGAGCAAGAGGCGCGAGUGAAGGAGGAGAACUCUGGGACAGUCACUUGUGACUUCCUACCAUUACCAGACUAUUCAACCAAUCCACACUCAACACCAAUGUAUAAUAGUCCAUCACUCAUCCUCCCAUAACUGAGGACAGACAUUACUGACUAGUUCCUGGACUGUGAUUUUGGAUGCACUGUGUCAUGUUUGGUCCAGACCCUAUACUUCUCUAUUUCUGACAGAGACGUUCAAUAGCACUUAUUGGGUCAGACAAGGUAUUUUCAUUAAAGAAUGGGAGAGAUGGAACUCUUUUCAGUUUAAUCUGAGAUUCAUGGUCUGAAAAGCUCAAAGGUAGACAGGAAGGUUUCUCCUCCUGCUCUGCAGUGAUGACCUGAGGCCAGCAGGACUCCAGUUAAAUCUGGGAUGAACUCUAAAACUGCUGUGGUCUCAGCUCUCUCAAUAGGUGGCACUUAAUAUUUCUCAAUGAGCAUCAUUGGGGGACCAAGUCCUGACGAGUUCCAUUUUAGAGGGAAACAAAAACAUCUCUUCCAUUUCUGAUUCACUUUCCUCCUCAACCCCACCCUUUGCCAUUUUCAAGCACUUGGAUUGUAUAUUACUGUGACAUAUAAAUUUACAAAUAUUUAAAAUAUAUUUUAAGAAGAAAAUGAAAAAUCAAAAACUACCAAAAAAGAAGAAAACACAGGAGUAAAAGAGAGGGAGCAAAGUUAAAAAGGUUGUCCAUUUGUUCGUGCUGGAGUUCUUGUACAGUCCUAACCUGUUUAUUGUAAAAAUGUAUGCUUCCAGUUUAUUUUUUUUAUUUUUAUUUUUUCAAAACACACACAAAGGUUUUACAAGGUAUUUGAAUGUGCCCAUGUUCUGGCCAUAUAUAGGACAAACCAAACUGAUUAGAUGUCAGCUGCUCAAGUCCCCGAUUAAAGUGAGAGGGCUUUUUGAAUUUGCUCCGUCACCAUUGACGAGAUAUGAAUACAAAUAAGUACAUGAAUCAGGAACAUUUGCCACUCAUCUUCUUACAAGUGAAGGCGUGAAGACACACUUGACACUGAUUCUCGAGUGAUUCUUCACAGUUUGGUUGUGGCUGCCGACACAGGAAUAUGGCCUGUGUAAAAAAAAUAAAAACAUAUCAAGAUGUUUCUCUUUCUCAGAGAUCCGGUUUCAGAAAAACCUUGAUACUACCUCAGUAGAGCAGAGUUGUGGAGGCGCGGAAGGUACUCAAGUGUCUUAUGUGGUUCACACAUGGCAUAUGGAGUUUGGCUCUCCAUGCCACCAAAUUUGAUUGGCCCAGAUUUAUUACAUGGGUGUUUUUAUUAUAACAAGGUCACUUAUUCGUACAUAUAUAAAUAUAUGUAUGUUAUCUGGUGUUUGCCAUUAUUGACCAUUAUUGGGUCACUUACUCUUUUAAUUCUCAAAAGGUGCCUCUCUGUCUGUUGGACAAUUGCCACCUGUGUGUAGCGCCCUAGUCCCACUGUAGUGUUUUAUCACACCGGGAUGCUAAGUGCUAAUCCUGCACUGUAUCAUUCGGUUUGUACAAUCUGUGUUUUAAUGUUUCGCUUUCAGGUGCCUGCCACUGGCCAUUGUGUAUAAAUGUAAAGUUUUCUCUCUUGGAUGAUGUUAUAAGGUUUAUUUUAUUCUAUUAUUAUUAUUGUUAUUAUUAUUAUUAUUAUUUUUUUUUAUUUUAUAUUUCAUAUUUCACCAUUAUAAUUUUUGUUAAUGUAUUUUCUGUCCCUUUGUCUUUACCAUCCACCUAUUUCUAGAAUGUGAUUUUUUAUGUCUGUACACCCCGACCCCGAGCCCUCUAUGUACACCAGUGUACUCCCAUGUAAUGUGUGUUUGCCGAGUUUCAAGAAAAAUGGAAAAGAGCUGAACGUGUGUUUGGGUUUUUACCCUGCACAGAUGUGUUUGGAAGGACACUAAUGUUCAAAAUGAAAGAUAGAUGACAGAAAAAGAAGAAAAAAAAACAAAAAUAAAACAUUGAAUUUCUCUA